AUGGCAUACCUUUCUUAUAUCGAACCAGGGCUUGACACCAUACUUCCUCUCUCCAUCUUUAUAUUCAUUCUCAACUUAAUCCGCGACCUUCUCGAUUCCUUCCUCUAUUGCGGACUCAUUGGGGAAAUAUUUAUCGGGGUUCUCUCUGGAAUGCCUAUCACUGGAACUUCAUUUCUCAGCAUAGAAAUCCAAGAAACAGUACAAUAUCUCGGAUAUCUGGGGCUUAUCUGUUUGGUGUUUGAAGGUGGCCUCAUCACAGAUCUUCAUCUAUUAAGGAAAACAAUAUGGUUAACAUUGUUUGCUGCGAUGAUUGGAGUCCUGAUGCCUAUGGCUCUUUCAUUUUUCAUCUUGGGUAUGAAAUUCGAUAGUAUUGAAGGUUCAGGAUAUCCUACCGCAUUAGCAGCUUUUUCAGCAGGAGUAUCUCUUUGCUCCACAUCUUUAGGGUCGACAUUUAUCAUCCUCGCAUCCGCAAACCUUCAGAAGACACCAACCGGUACUUUGAUAGCUGGCACGGCAAUGUUAGAUGAUAUUCUUGUUCUGGUUAUGGUUAAAAUCAUAACAGCACUCGGACAAGGCCAAUCCGAUUCUUGGACAAUUGCCCGUCCUGCCAUAUCCAGUUUGAGCCUUAUUAUUGCCACUUUCUUGCUAACGCCCUUCCUUCUCAAAAGUUUGCUUCGCGGUUUCCAUUCAAUAUUUACACAUCCGAAAGUUGGCCAAGAAACUUUUGGUGGGGAUAUUGAUACCGAAAAGGGGAUUUCACGGCAUGCUGGAUUUUUAUUAUCGACUUUGGUGCUCAUAGUUCUUGUAACUAUUGCUGCUUGUGUAGAAGGUUCGAUAUUACUGUCUGCAUUCUUAGCUGGUGCUGUGGUGAGAUAUACUUGGCAAAGUGUGGGUGGUGGAGAGGAUAUGGAUAUGGAUGUUGAUCGACCUACAAUGAUGUUUGAGGAGUACUAUAAGCCGAUUAUGGAUCAUAUAUUAGUUCCUUUCUUCUUCGCAUCGAUCGGUUUCUCCAUCCCCGUUUCUGAAAUGUUUUCUGGUUCUAUCAUGUGGAAAGGAAUAUUCUACGCUUUCUUGAUGUUUUUAGCCAAAGCUUCCGUGGGAAUAGUUGUCUACUUUAAAUUCUUCACCACAAAGUGGUCUCACAAGUGGACAGACUCCAAAAAGAGAACACUUCCAGUACCAGAAGAACUUCCCCAACAAGGUGGCUCACCAGAAGAAAUUCCUGCGAAUGAUCCCGUGGAUCAAAAAUUUAAAACAGACCCCCCUCAUCUCGAUGCAAUUAUAGUCGGGUCCACAAUGAUUGCUCGAGGAGGUUUUGGCUUCCUGGUAGCAUCAGAAGCGCAGAGCUCGGGCACUUUAAGUCUUUCCAAAACGCCAACUAGGAUCUUAAAUGUGCAAGGUCUCUCGCACAAGGUUACUGAAAGAUUUAGAACAUUAGAUGUAGUGGAAGAUCAGAUAUUCUUGGUGAUAAUCUGGGCAUUAGUUCUAUGUACAAUCGUUGGGCCGGUUGUUUCGGGAAUUGCAGUGAGAAGAAAACUGAUUAAGGAGAGGGCAGGAGAAAGAUGUGAGUGCAGUUUCAACGUUAGGCAGAGAGAUAUUGGGACUGGGGAUGACAGGAUGAGAGAAGCAAGACGAAAGACGAAAAGUGUCGUGAUGGAAGUCUGA